AUGUAUGUUGUUGCAGCUCGAAUGAGCAUGUUUUGUCCGUAUGUGUUGUUCGGACAAAACGUGGAAACUUUGAGAGAAGACGUAACGAGGAACGACGCAUGCAUGUGCUAUGCAGUGUGCGUAGGAGGAAUGGUGACUGCGGCAGCCACUCUCUUCUUCCAUGGCAUCGACCCCCAAACCUCGUUUCUCAUCUGCGAGACACUCCUUUUUUCUUGGUGGUUGUGUGGUAUCUACAAUGGCUUGUUUCGUCAAUCACUGCUGAAGAAAUAUCAUCUCAAGAACUCGCCAUGCAAUCCUUGCCUGGUUCACUGCUGCUUGCAUUGGUGUGCACUGUGCCAAGAACAUCGAGAGAUGAAGAACCAUAAAAACGAUAACACUGAAACGCCGAUCACCAUUAUUAAGCCUCCUCCUGUUCAAGAAAUGAACACCGCCAUCACUACUACCGCCGAUGAAGAUAAUCGGAAAGAGGAUCAGCCAACUGCUUCAUCUUCGUCGCCAAAGUCUCCAUCGGCGGUGAAGGAUCAACAAAUUGCAGAGUUGGAAAUACAUCCGCUGUAG